CCCUUUUCUGGUGGCGAUCAGGGGCCCUCUGGCCAGGGGACCAGCGACGUCCUGAACCUCAACAUGACGCUCCUGGGCUCGGAGCAUUCCUUGCUGAUUAGGAGCAAGUUCAGAUCAGUUUUACAGUUACGACUUCAACAGAGAAGGGCCCAGGAGCAACUGGCUAACCAAGGCAUAAUACCACCACUGAAAAGUCCAACUGAAUUCCAUGAGCAAAGAAAGCAUUUGGAGAGCGACAAGACUGAGGGCCAUCUGAAGCACAAGGUCAGAAAUAAAUCCGAACGUGCUGACUUGGUUAAUAUGCACAUACUCCAAGCCUCCAGCGCAGAGAGAUCCAUCCCCAGCGCUCAGAUGAAGCUCAAAAGAGCCCGGCUGGCCGAUGAUCUUAAUGAAAAGAUUGCUCUCCGGCCAGGGCCCCUGGAGCUGGUCGAGAAGAAUAUACUGCCAGUUGAUUCUGCUGUGAAAGAGGCCAUAAAAGGGAACCAGGUGAGCUUCUCCAAGUCAGCAGACGCAUUUGCCUUUGAAGAGGACAGCAGCAGCGAUGGGCUUUCUCCAGAUCAGACUCGGAGUGACGACCCACAGGCUGCCACCGGAUCCCCAUCUGACACCAAAGCUGUGGAGACCACUCUGGUGGGCUCUCUGGGGACAAUUCAGGAUCCUGCUUCUGGCUCGGAACAGGACAGAAAUGACUCCGCAUCACAGCCAGGCAACCAGUCAGAGGCCAGGAAGCAGGGCCUGGGUGCCCUGGGCAGCCCAGUGCCUGCUCACGCCGCCGCCGUCAAGUCCAAGUCCUUGUGUGACAGCAAGAACCGUCACAAGAAGCCCAAGGAUUCCAAGCCGAAGGUGAAGAAGCUCAAGUAUCACCAGUACAUCCCCCCGGACCAGAAGGCAGAGAAGUCGCCGCCCCCCAUGGACUCGGCCUACGCGCGGCUGCUGCAGCAACAGCAGCUCUUCCUGCAGCUCCAGAUCCUCAGCCAGCAGCAGCAGCACCGCUUCCACUACCCUGGGGUCCACCCCGCUCAGCUUAAGGAAACGAAUGAACAGAUGGUCAGAAAUCCCAACACUCCUUCAACACCGCUAAGCAACACUCCUUUGUCUCCUGUCAAAAAUAGUUUUUCUGGACAAACUGGCAUCUCCUCUCUCAAGCCAGGCCCGCUCCCGUCAAACCUGGAUGAUCUCAAGGUCUCUGAAUUAAGACAACAACUUCGAAUACGAGGUUUGCCUGUGUCUGGCACCAAAACCGCCCUCAUGGAGCGACUGCGGCCCUUCCAGGACUGUGCCGGAAACUCUGUGCCAAACUUCAGUGACAUUACGACCGUCACCUUUCCUGUGACACCUACCAGUGCUCUGCCUAAUUACCAGUCCUCUCCUUCCACCAGUGCCUUGUCCAAUGGCUUCUACCACUUCGGCAGCACCAGCUCCAGCCCGCCCAUCUCUCCCGCCUCUUCUGACCUCUCAGUUGCUGGGUCCCUGCCGGACACCUUCAACGAUGCGUCCCCCUCGUUCACCUUGCACCCAUCCCCAGUCCACGUCUGCACGGAAGAGAGCCUCAUGAGCAGUCUGAACGGGGGCUCUCUGCCCUCCGAGGUGGACGGGCUGGACUCAGAGAAGGACAAGAUGCUGGUGGAGAAGCAGAAGGUGAUCAAUGAGCUCACCUGGAAGCUCCAGCAAGAGCAGCGGCAGGUGGAGGAGCUGAGGAUGCAGCUUCAGAAACAGAAGCGCCAUCACUGCUCUGAGAAGAAGCUACCGCCUUUCCUGGCUGCCCCCAUCAAGCAGGAGGAAGCUGUCUCCAGCUGUCCUUUUGCCUCCCAGCACACAUCUGCUAAAAGGGAAGGCAACAGCUCGGACAGCCAACAGACCCUGUGUGAUGCUGCUCAGCUCCUACCCCUGGGGGGCACUCGUAGUGUGGAGCCUUCAGGUCAGACCAAUGUACUUUCCCCCACAUUUCUCAGCCCACAAUGCUCACCCCAACACUCCCCCCUGGGGACUCUGAAGAGCCCACAACACAUCAGCUUGCCUCCUUCGCCCAACAACCAUUACUUCUUACCUUCGUCUUCCGGAGCGCAGGCAGAAGGGCUCAGUGUCUCCUCCCCUGUUAACAGCCAGGCGUGCACUGCUCAGAACUCAGGAGUCCAUGAUCACCGUCUUCCAGGCUUCUCCCCGAAGCCUCCCAGCCUCCAGCCCCCUUUCCCUGGGGCCCCGGCAGACAGUAGCCAGCGCGCCACUGGUAGUACUGGCCCCCAAAGCCCAAGUGUGCAGCAAAAGAUGGCUGGUGCACACUCUUCUGAUAAGGCAGGACCAAAGUUUUCAGCCUCGUCCCCAGGGUUUUCUAAGUCAAGCUCAGCAGCUUCAGAGAUAACACAGCCUCCAUCUUAUGAGGAUGCAGUCAAGCAGCAGGUGACUAGGAGCCAGCAGAUGGAUGAGCUCCUGGAUGUCCUCAUUGAAAGUGGAGAAAUGCCCGCUGAUGCCAGAGAGGAUCAUUCCUGUCUUCAAAAAGUCCCAAAGAUACCUGGGUCUUCCCGAAACCCAAGCGAUGCUCUCCCCAAACCUUCCGCUUCCUUUGAGCAAGCUUCUGCAGGAGGCCAGCUCUCUUUUGAUCACUACGCCACCGAAAACGACGAGCACCUAGAGGUCUUACUAAAUUCCCAGAGCCCCUUAGGAAAGGUGAGCGAUGUCACCCUCCUAAAACUUGGGAGUGGGGAGCCCCCGUUUGAUGGGAUCAUGGAUGGAUUCUCUGGGAAGGCUGCAGAAGACCUCUUCAGUGCACAGGAGAUUUUGCCAGGUCCCCUUUCCCCGAUGCACACUCAGUUCUCACCCUCUUCUGCGGACAGCAGCGGGCUGCCCUUGAGCUUCACCGAGUCUCCGUGGGAGACCAUGGAAUGGCUAGACCUCACGCCACCAAGCUCCACACCAGGCUUCGGCUCCCUCGCCGCCAGCGGCCCCAGCAUCUUUAACAUUGAUUUCUUGGAUGUCACGGAUCUCAAUUUGAAUUCUCCCAUGGACCUUCACUUACAGCACUGGUAGAAGGCGGAUACAACCAUGCUGGAUAUGACCAGCAAUCAUUCUCUUGGGGGAAGUAUACACCUAUGGACACUUGUAUUGCUGAGAGAGAGAGACGGGAAUUAAAAACAAACCUAAAGAGACUUCUGUGACAACCAACUAGGACAAAUAGGAUAUAUAUUUUGUUUGUUAGUUGUUGUUGAUUCCGAGAUAUAUAUAUAUUUACCAGCAUUCAGUGAUUCAGUGACUGAUAAUACUUUCAGCAAUGCAUUCAAAAAAAUGUGUCUUCUCAGACUAAGAAAGCCCAUUUAUUUUCACUCCCCUUUAAAAUACCUUUUGGUAAUUUUCUAACCCAUAUUUUUUCUCAGGCAUUGUUGGAGCAUGAUCCCAUAAAGACAACUAUAGACAAAUGGUGAAGAGAAAUGUUCACUUUUUUGAACAUUUCAAAGGAAGUCCAUCCAACCGUUAUGAAAGCUAGGUCCUUGUUGUAGGCUCUUCUCGUCUCUCUGUUGCCCGUAUGAAAGUGGAGUGCAAGCACAGCGUCAGUGGGGCGUUCUUGAGGCAGAGGAAAAGGAUAAGCAGAUCUGUUCAUAGGAAAGCAAGCCCCUCAGCCACGAAAUUAGCCACGGAGUGAUCCCAGUCCUGUACUCACAGCUCCUUGGGCCUGAUGUCAGGCAGCCUGCAUUUGGUCCAGACAACCCUAUUCAAAGCUGUCUUCUUUCACAAGCUAAACCCACUUUGCUCCUACUUUCUCUGAGGUGCUAAGCAGGGCAGAACAAUGGAGAUUCCUAAAGCAAGGAAAACUCCUGCUAUUAAAAAAGGUUCCUUGGGUUUUCCUACACAACUUCUUUGGUUCCAAAAACUAGAGAUUACCACAUAGGCAAACCUGCAGGAUAUCUCUAGGCAUAAGAAGCUGUAUCAGGGAACAUUCAGCCAUGACUAAACAGUAUAGUUUUACACAUCAUGGGAAUAAAUACCAUGGACUACUCUCACGGGACUGCUAUUUACUGGAGUCCAACUUCAAUCUGUUUUCCUUUUUGUGAGACGGGAUGGGGAAGUCUAGCUCGUUUAACUUUCUCCCACUCGAUAUACCUUGCAAAAAGCCAAUCCUCUCUUGCUGUUCUUUCAACUUGUUAGCUUUUUAUGCCCAACAUUAGGAGGGGAGGACUGCUCACAUGUAACAUGCGUUCACACCCCUGCAUUAAAAGCCCGGGUUCUCCCGUGGAGCCUCCUGCAUCGGUGUGCUUCACCACAAAUGCAGCCACAAGAGUUUGCCCACGUGGCCAUUCCGGUGACUUGACCCACCGGACACCAAACCCACACCCCCUCCUUUGCUGUAUAGUGGUCACUGGUUUCUGCUGCUCGGGGAUAUCAUUCGAUUAUCCGAGUAAAUGUGGACGAUAGUUAUGGGAGAGCCUAUCAAAGGUUCUGGCCUCUGCGAAGAGGCACACUUGCACAUUGAAGACGAAAGGGCAACAAGAGACAAGGGUCUCAUCAGAGUGUGACCCUCACCACCUCUCAUGCUUUGGCUGGGAGCUAAGCAACCUCAAAUUGCAGGGCAGUCCCUCCAAAGCUUACCGGGGCUCACAUCACCACCAAAGAGUGUUUGUUGCAUGCUGUAGAAAGUAGCUCUUGCUGUUGUUUGUUUUUGUAAGAAAAAAAAUUAAUUUAAAUCACCGAGGCACUGUUUUCUCCUUUUGUAAAAAAAGAAAAGAAAAGAAAAUAUUGUUCACUGUGCACUUGUAGAGAAAAUAAUCAAAAAUGUGAUUUUAGAAGUUUCUCUUUUUGAUAAACCAAAGAUUUAGAAGUCAUUCCAUUGUUAAAUGUGUAUGCGGAUGCAGAGGAUUUAUUAAUGACGGCGCCUCUGAAUGU